UCAGUUGGCUUUUGAUUUUUGCAAGACGCACCACGCACGCACUCAGCUGUGCUCUGACCUGAUUAGAAAGUAUUAUUUUUAUACAUAAAGUGCUCAAUAGAUUUAAAACAAUGGCAGAGAACAUGAACAACGACUCGAACAAUAGUGAUGACAACAAAAAAGUUUACAAUGAGUUUAGAAAAAUGAUUGCAGAAGCGAAGUUUUCACCGAACAUGGACAAGAUCCUUUUGGAACGAUACUUAAAAGUCAGUGACAACAAUCUUGUAAAUGCCUUUGCAUUGCUCAAACAUGGAUUAGAGUUACGUCAAAAAGCGUCGUAUCUGUUCUUCAAUCGUGAUUUAUCGGUAAAAGAAAUUCAAACAGCAUUCACAACCUUUCAAUUUUGUCCUCUUCGGAAGCUAACGAAAGAAAAAUACAAAAUAACAAUUAUUCGCUUUCCAAAAUGUGAUGCCAACCUUUAUGACAGUGUAGAUGUGAUAAAAACAGCACUUAUGAUGUUCGAUGCUUGCUAUACGAUGUAUGACAAUGGUGAUGAUCUUAUCGAAGGAGAAAUCUUCAUUCUCGAUGUUGUUGGAUUUUCGUUUAAGCAAUUUUUAAAUCUCUCUAAGAAUGUAAACACAUUUUUGCAUUACACGAAGUUCCUUCAAGAAGCAGCGCCGGUGCGGUUGAUCUCCAAUCAUAUAACAAACACGUCAAGUAUUAUGGAUGGAGUGUUAGGUCUAGUUAAGCCAAUUCUUCGUAAGGAGCUUCAAGAUUUAGUUCAUUUUCAUAAAGUUGGUAGCGACACAAUGUUAAAAUUCUUUGAGAAAGAUGUGCUGCCGAUUGACUACGGCGGCACUAAUGGCACCAUUGACGAACAUUACAAAGAAUGGUUGAAAGUUUUCGAAACAAAAAGAGACUAUUUACUCAACGAUGAUUACUGGAAAAUAUCUACAGACGAAACUUAAUUAGAUAAACUUGUUUUUUUCUUUCAAACAUUUUUCUGUAACUAAACAUCUUUUUUAUCCAAUAAACUUGUUGAAUUUUCCACUUUUUGGUAUCAGAGCUCCAUAAAUCAA